AUGGCUACACCAUUAAAAAAAGAUUCAGACGAAGACGGUUUAAAGAACCCCUCUCCCCAGAAGGUCCUCGUUGGAGCAAAAGGAAAUACUUGGAUUUGGUCCCCCGAUAGCUGGGAUCUUACGCAUUCGGAUAAUCCAAACCUGAAUCCCCCCACGAACAGCAUCCUCCUCAACUGCGAACUCGUCAAUGUCAAGAUUGAUUCUACCAAGACUGCGUUGGUCAUUAUCGACAUGCAAAACAUCGGGUUGAACAAAGCGCUCAAUCCACCAUCCGCGCCUCCUAUGUAUGAAGCUCAAGAUGCGAUCCUUCAAUACGCCAUUCCAGCUGCGCGCAAACUCGGCCUACAGAUAAUCUGGCUCAACUGGGGUCUCACUCAGGACGAUCUAGACAACAUUCCUCCAGCCGAGGUGCGCGCCUUUGCUUUCGAAGCCAACACAUCAAAAGUUGAUUAUGGCCUAAGCGAUCGACUGGGUGAUCCCAAUAACCCUGACAACUUUAUCAAGUUUGGCGAGAGACCGAAUCUGAGCCGACUACCGGGCGCAGAGCUUGGGGAAAUUGUACUGGAGGAUGGCACUCGUGUCAACGGUGGUCAGGUGAUGAUGAGGGGAACUUGGAAUGCUGCUCUUCACGGUCCCUUAGCUGACGCCUACGAAGAGGGCAAGAAUGCAGUUCGCCCAGAUGUUUGGAUCCACAAGAACCGCAACUCUGGCCUAUGGAACGAAAAGUCCGCCCUGGGAGAGUAUCUGAAGAAGGAAGGAAUCCGUACGCUCUUGUUUUCUGGUAUUAACACCGAUCAGUGUGUUGGAUCUACUCUACAAGAUGCCCAUGCUCAAGGCUACGACACCAUCAUGUUGAAAGACGGCUGUGGUACAGAUAGCUUGCCAUACGCAAAAGCAACGUAUGAGUUUAAUUGCGUGAGAAGCUGGGGAUUUCUCACUAGCUGUAGAGCACUUGCAAAGGCAGCAGGACUAGAAUACUAG